AUGGCUGUCUCUGCUUUUGUUGACUCAGUCGUCGCCUAUGUUGGCGCAGCCAUCCGCGAGAUCCUGAUCCAGGUGGGGAUGCUCGCGAUGCUGCUGGUGGUCAUAUGCACUUGUGUCUGGGCCGCCCCCCACGCCGACUCAAAAGCGAGCGGCGAAGAAUAUUUGGAGACGUCCAAGGGGACGCAGACCGAGGCAUCGGAAGAGACCGUCGAUGCCGCCGCCCACGACGCCGCCCACGACGCCAAGCGCUGGCGCCGCAAAGCUGCGCGUCUCGCGAAAGCUCUCGCUUCUGAACGCCAGGCCCGUGCAUCUGACGAGAAGAAGCAUGAAGCUGAGCUACGUGCCCGUGCUGAGCGGGAGAUCAGCAUCCUUGCGGACUUGGCAAAAGCCAAGAAGGAGGAAGACCAGCUGAAGAAGGAGCUCCAGAAGUUCCAGAAAGCAUGGUACGGCUCCGGAAAGGCCCUCGCCAAGUCGAAGGAGGAACUUGGCUGCGUCAAGAAGGAGCUUAGCGACCUGGUUGCCCAACAGAAGCGCGCUCCAGUCAUGCAGCGAUUCCGGAAGGUUCAGGACCGACUUCAGUCGGCUGAAUCCUACGUGACCGUUGUAGAGGCCCGCCUUACCAAGGCCUCGACAGACAAGAAACGCCUGGAGGGUUGGCUUAACCGCGCUUCUGUGGGGCAAGCCAUGUGGCAGUCCUCUGCCCAAUCCUCCAUGCAGCAGGUGAGGAGGCUCCAAGCUCGGAUUUCCAGGGAAGAAAUUCCCCGUCAACAAGAGCCGGACCCCCUGGACCGAAAGCAGCGGGGCCGUGAUGAGGACAAGGAGCCAGAGAUGAACAAGAGACAGCGUGUGGUCUAA